AGGGUGAAUGGGCAAGACUAAAGAUUUAAGUGCCUUUGAAAGGGGUAUGGUAGGAGGUACCGGUUUGUCUCAAGAACUGCAACGCUGCUGGGUUUUUCACGCUCAACAUAUUGGAUAGCCUGGGGUGAAUGAGACUGAAUACUUUUUGGAAAACUAUAUUAGUGACAGAAUAUAUUUGAAUCAUGUUGUAAUAGGAGUUCAAUUGGAGGCUAAUCUAAUAAAUCAUUGCAUGAAUUUUUCUAAAAUAACCCUGACCUUGAGUUGUCCAUCUUCUUGAACUUUCUAGUACAGUAUUGUAUAGGCUAUUAUAUUAUACCAUGUUAGAGCCUAUUAAAUUAGCAUGUUCAAUAAGGCUACAAAUAAAAUAUUUAUCCAAUUGUUAGCCUGCAUUUCAUUAAAUCUGAAAGCAGGUAUAGUGUCAAUACCACAACUAUCUAAUAGGCAGAAUAAUUACAGUGUAAACGGGAUGUUUACAUGAGGAGUGUUGAAAAACCUCCCUCCCCGCGAUGCCUGCAUCCGCCAAUGACUGCAGCAAAGGUCACCGAGAAAGCGACGUGCCAGGUAUGGCUGUUGUAGACUGCGUCGGUCCGGAGGAGGAGAGCUGGAGAGGAGACUGAGUAGAGCCUCGGAAAUAAGAGAUCAGACAAACACAGCAAGCAGCAUGCCGUUUGGGAUGGUAACGCUUCCCACUGUCCGAUACCAUCAUCACUAAGCACUGAACAAAUCUCCAAAGCGGAGGGUAAUGAUGACAUCAAAAAUUCAGACUGAUACAGUGUGAUCCAUCAUUCCUGGCCUGACGUUGACAUGGCAACAGGCAGGAAGGGGUCGACCUCAAAGGGAGGAAGCGUGCGUUUCCCAGACGACGAGGAUGCCAUGGGCUCCCCUGUUCACCGUGAGGACAAAGCCAAGGAUUCUUCCAUCCCUGCUCUCCCAGAGCCUGAUGGGAACUUCCUGGUUAAGGUAGGGUUCCUGAGGAGUCUGCAUCGUUAUGAGAUCGUCUUCACCCUCCCAGAGGUGCCUGUGCUGGGGAAAGAUGUGUGCUCCCUCCCUUCCUCCUCAUCACCGACUCCCAGACCCCUCCUCAAAGUCAACCGUGUCACACCCACAUCAGAGGGUGGGGUGAAGGUGACGUGUGAGUACACCACCCACCAGGAGGGGGUGCUACAGGAGGAGCUGACCCUGGUCAGCCGGGGUAAGAAAGACCAACGUCUGCGGGUCAGACUACAGGCCCGGGUCAUGGAUCGUCACCAUGGUACUCCUCUGCUGCUGGAGGGGGUGCGGUGUCUGGGGGCGGAGAAAGAAAAAAGGAAAUGAGCCGUCCGUCCCUUUAUAUCUUCCCCCUCCUGUAGAGACCAGCCAUCGUCCGUCACUUUAUAUCUUCCCCCUCCUGUAGAGACCAGCCAUCGUCCAUCCUUUUAUAUCUUCCCCUUCCUGUAGAGACCAGCCAUCAUCCAUCCCUUUAUAUCUUCCCCCUCCUGUAGAGACCAGCCAUCGUCCGUCCCUUUAUAUCUUCCCCCCUGUAGAGACCAGCCA